AUGUCAUUUCUCACGUUCACUCUGGCCUGCUUCCUGUGCGUUCAGUUGUUUUCUCUUGUUGCAUGGGCUGCAAAUGUGCCGCAUUUCUCUAUUGAUGAGAAUCCAUGGUGUGGAGUGCAGCCGUGCCUUACUUCAUCAGUCAACAGGUCGGGGCUGGUUUUCUUUCUUCUAGCCAACGUCUUCACUGGUCUGGUUAACUUCGCGAUCGAUACACAUCAUACCGAUGACGUGACCGCUAUGUUUAUACUUAUUUGCUAUACAUUCAUUCUUUGUGCUAUAGUUCACUACCGUGAUUUCAUGAAAAUGUCAAGAAUUCACUGA